UUUUGGCGCUCUUUUCUCGAGCCACUGUGACAGAAGUCUUCGGAGUCCCGCUGUGACAGACAGACAGCCUUGGAGGAAUCCUAGUAAGGCAGAAACUAGUGACAGCGCGAUUUGGAGAGAACUCUUUGCUUAGAAAAACGCGGGAUUACAGCCACUGGAGGGAAGGUACCCUGGCAGGAAAAGCCGUUGCUGCUGCUUUUCUCAAACAGAAGACUAGACCCAGGCAGCUGAGGGCUGAACAAGCAUGCUGCCACUGAACUAAACUCCCAACCCAACUUGAACCAUUUUGAAGUUUGUGUUUCAGCCGAGCCACGCGUUUCAUUUCAGAGCCACCAUGAGCUGUAAGAAGCGCAGAUCACAGAGGAUGCCAUUCAAUGCGAGGAAAAACACAAAAAUCAAUGACUUUUUCUCUCCGGUGCCCAAAGAAGAUCAGGAAGAUUCCAGUAUUUCUCAAGUAAAAGUGGCCUCGAGAAAAAUGCCAAGAGAUAUAACCAACACCCAGGACCAAAGAUCACUUUCAUCUAAAAAAGCUCGACAAGAUCAGAGUCCUCCACCAAAUAGGAAAAUUAUAGUCACUUUGGAUGUGAACCCAAGGAAGAACAAAAAUAUGAAGCAUGAGCUCACACAUAACGGGACAAGUAGCUUAUAUGAAGCACUCAGCACUCUCAGUGCUGUGAAAGAAGAGAUAGAAACUCAUCAGGGUAAAGAAAUGCUGGUGCGUGGCAAAGAAGGAAUCGAAGGGUACAUCAACCUUGGCAUGCCCCUCUGCUGUUUGCCAGAAGGCAGCCACGUGGUCAUUACAUUUUCUAAAAGUAAAAGUGAGCUGGAAGAAAGAUCGUUUGAGCCACAGGACCAAGCAUCUACCAGUUACGUCCGAUUUUACAUUCAUGCAAUUGGGAGUAAGAAGAGAAAGAUCGUGAAGUGUGGAGAACUUCAUAAAAAUGGGAACAAACUCUGUGUCUAUGGCUUAAAAGGAGAGACCAUCAAGGACACUCUGAGGAAGGAUGGCAGGUUUAUUUUCACAGAGGGUGACCAUUGGAAACUCAUUAAUGACCUGGACACCAUCAUAGAAAACACCCAGCCAGUGGAUGAAUUAGAUGGCAAGCUCUUUCAGGUUGAGGCUGAGCAAACAAGGAACUCGAGGCUAGUGUCUGUCAUUCCGAAUUCUGAGCUACAGAACAGCAACUUUCGUGAGGUAGACGAGCGCAUUGUGAAUGAGUACCCCACACUGAAAGAACAACGAGCAACGCUUAGAGCAUUCAUCAAGGAAGCAAGUGAAAAAAGAAAGAAGCACGUUUCCUUAUUCAAAAUACACAAAGAAAACUUUGGAAAACUGACAAAAAAUUCCACUUCUGUUAAAAUGUACAAGUGUCUUUCACAGGUCAGUGACUCAGUAGGGUUCCUGUGGUGGAACAAUAAUGGAAACGAAGGUUGUGCCACCUGCUUUGUUUUUAGAGGAUUGUACAUUUUCACUUGUCGGCAUGUGAUAACUGAUGUCGUGGGGGAAGGCACAGAGCUAAGUGAGUGGGCAAGCAUAAUUAGUCAAUGUGUAAAGGUGAUCUUUGAUUAUGAAGAGUUCCCACCAAGAGAAGACAGUGUUUUUAAUGUUAAACCUUGGUUUGAGAUAUCUAAUAAAGACUUGGACUAUGCUGUCCUGGAACUGGAGGAAAACGGACAAGAAGUACCUGCUGGACUGUAUAAUGGAAGAGGCCCUGAACCACUUAAUGGGUUGAUUUAUAUCAUUGGCCAUCCAGAUGGAGGAAAGAAGUCUAUUGAUGCUUGUACAGUGGUUCCUCGAGAUAACCGAAGAAGAAAAUGUGAGGAAAAUGUUCAGGCAAGAGAAGCAAUAGGCUACCAUUUUUCUAAGCCCUUUCUGCACAUGUUCACUCAAAGAAGCUUCCAGGAAAUGUUUCACAACCCUCAUGUGGUUACCUAUGACACCACUUUUUUUAAUGGGUCAUCUGGAUCCCCAGUGCUUGAUUCUAAUGGUUCACUGGUGGCCAUGCACUGUGCUGGCUUCACUUGUGAGUAUCAAAAUGGAGCUUCCAAUAUUAUUGAGUUUGGUUCUAUUAUGGAAUCCAUUAUUGCUGAUAUUAAGCAAAAUAAAUAUUGGCAUAAUAAAAUCUUUGGAUGUCAGGAUGAAGAAAUGUUCAGCCAAUAGUCCUAAGAGGACUUAAUCUAUUUUCCAACUUUAAGGGAAUUGCCUAUGGUGUUGUUAUUCUACAGACAAUACUGUUUUAUGAACUUGCAAAAUGAUUGAUUUCACCAAAAAAGGGAUGUUUUAGAUUGCUUCCUGUGUUCUAGGAUUUUUUUCAAAGUUCAUGAACAACACAAAAAAAUCUGAGUUGAACCAUUUAAGUAAAGUAACAUGAAAAAGAAGAUUAAACACAAAUCGGGUCUCAGGGGACUUAGUGUUAAGAGACGUAAAAAUGUCAAAAAGUUCAGAGCAUAGAAACUGGAGUUGUUGGCCCAGAGAGUGAGGGAAAAGAAGCCUAUGGUUCUCCUGGUAAUUUGAACUGAUGUCAAAGGCACUGAUUCAUUUGCUUCUACCUGUAUCUUCCUUCUCUGAUGACCAGAACUAAGCCAGGUCAUGGGGGCACAGGUUUUUCAGCCCCCAAAGGUCCCUGAAAUACUUGCCUUUCUUCUGAUCUGGCUUUCUGGCUUAAGAGUUGAAUCUGGAAUGAACCUGCAACGAAUGGUGUGGAAGUCAUUGAGCAGGCAAGGAAACUGGUCUCCGCCAUACAAUGUGGGUAUCUGGGCACUCCUGAAUGUGAGUUAUGGAGAGCAAACACUGGAAGAGACGGUUCUACUUCAUGGGAUUUACCAUGGAAUGGGCCAGGAGGUCACUACACAGCCUAGAACAUUUCUCAGCAGUGAGACACUCAAGCCUUAGUCCCUUGAAGAGAAAAGAAGUCAUGGUCAGGGAAGCAAUCUUACAACUGUCAAAAUCAAGGAGAACUUAUGUUCUGAAGACAGCCAGAGGUCUUAGAUCCUGUGACGGAAAUGGGUGAGAUAGUGUGGGAAGAUUUAUAAGAGAUCGGAUUCACCAGCAUUGCAUCGAUCUUUUCACAGGUCCUCUUAUUUUUAAGAUAUCCCCUAGUUCUAUUGUGUUUCCCCUGCUCUGUAUAUCUUUCCCAAAGGCAAAAUUUAAAAAGUUAUAUCUAUAGUGAGUUAUGAAAUUUUAGAUGCAACAGGAGUAAAGGUUAUUUGUAUGGUAUUUCCAUUGGUUUGUUCUAAACACACAUUCUCAAUGUUAUAAAGUAAUAAAGGUUGUUUCCACA